AUGGACAAUGAUAAUGGAGAAAGAUUUCUGGAAAUUAUAGUUCCACUGUUUUCUCAGAGCGGUAUCUGCUUUGCCAUGAUAGAAAGAAUUCCUGGAAUAACUUCUAUCACUGACAUUAAUGACAAACUAGAGAAGGGGGCAACAUUACAUGAUAAAGUCAUGGAUAGCAAAGCCAACGUAUUGAUGUUUUAUGGAGAAUCUAAUUCCAUGCUGUUGCUGCGGUUUCUUCCAUACCUAUCCCAAAGAGAGCAUAUGACAAAUAUAGCAGGUAAAGUGUGGAUAAUGACAGCCCAGAUGGACUUCAAUGCAAUGGUCAUUCAAAGGAAUUGGGACUCAAAAACAUUCCAUGGGGCUCUGUCCUUCACAAUACACUCCAGUCACCUACCAGGCUUCAAGCUGUUUGCUGAGAGCAGAAAUCCUUUCAGCACAAAGGGCGAUGGUUUUAUCAGGGACUUCUGGCAACAGGCCUUUGGCUGUGUGUUCCCAAAUCCAAUGGUAGGCACGACAGAAGAGGAUAUUUGCACUGGGGAGGAAAAGUUGGAGAGCCUUCCUGGAUCUUUGUUUGAAAUGAGCAUGACUGGCCACAGCUACAACAUCUAUAAUGCUGUCCAUGCUGUGGCCCAUGCCUUACAUGCCAUGACGUCAUCUAGAGUCAAACACAGUUUGGUGGUGAAUGGUGGAAGACAGAUAUUUCAUAAUCAACCACUGUGGCAGCUCCAUCACUUUUUGAGAUAUGUUUCAUUUAACAACAGCGCUGGGGACAAGAUUUCCUUUGACCGUAAUGGUGGAUUAGUAGCCGGAUUUGAUGUGAUGAACUGGAUGGUUUUGUCAAAUCAAUCUUUUCACAGGAUGAAAGUUGGGUGGAUUGAUGCCGAGGCUCCUCCAGAGCAAGCUUUCUUCAUCAAUGAGGAUGCUAUAACAUGGCACAGCUGGUUUAACCAGGUCCAGCCUCUUUCUGUUUGUAGUGAGAGUUGCCAUCGCGGUUCUAGAAAGAAAGUGAAGGAGGGGGAGCCAUUUUGCUGCUAUGAUUGCAUCUCAUGUCCAGAUGGGAAAAUUGCAGACCAAGAGGACAUGAAUGAGUGCAAUACAUGUACAGUUGAAAAGUAUCCCAGCAAGAAUCAGGAUUUAUGUAUUCCCAAGGAUGUAAGCUUCUUGUUUUAUGAAGAGCCUUUGGGGAUUAGUUUAGCCUGUUUUGCUCUUUCCUUUUCCUUGCUCACUUUAUUGGUGCUAGCAACAUUUCUGCAUCACCAUGACACUCCAAUUGUCAAAGCCAAUAACCAGGACCUUACCUACACUCUCCUCAUCUCCCUCAUGCUCUGCUUCCUUUCUGUGUUGCUGUUCAUUGGCCAUCCUCAGAAGGUGACAUGUCUCCUCCGACAAACUGCCUUUGGCAUUAUUUUCUCAGUGGCUGUUUCUUGCAUAUUAGCAAAAACCAUCAUGGUGGUUCUGGCUUUCAUGGCCACUAGACCAGGAUCCAGUAUGAGGAACUGGGUGGGGAAAAGUCUGGGCAACUCCAUUGUUCUUUCCUGUUCCCUUAUCCAAGCAGGCAUCUGUACUGCGUGGAUUGCAAGUUCUCCCCCAUUCCCAGAUGUGGACAUGCACUCAGUGAUGGAAGAAGUGGUACUUGAAUGCAAUGAAGGGUCUGUGACUAUGUUUUACAGUGUCCUGGCCUACAUGGGCUUCCUGGCAAUUGCCAGCUUCACUGUGGCCUUCUUUGCCAGGAAGUUACCUGACAGUUUCAAUGAAGCCAAGUUCAUCACUUUCAGUAUGUUGGUCUUUUGUAGUGUUUGGUUAUCCUUUGUUCCAACCUACCUAAGCACCAAGGGAAAAUACAUGGUAGCUGUGGAGAUCUUCUCUAUCUUAGCCUCCAGCACUGGGUUAUUGAUUUGCAUCUUUUUUCCAAAGUGUUACAUUAUAGUGUUGAGGCCUGAGCUGAACAACAAGAACCAGCUAAUACGAAGAAAAGACUGA